AUGGAUAGGAUAAGUCAGUUGUCUGAUACUCUUCUAUUGCGAAUACUGUCCGAAUUGCCUACCGCUAAAGAUGUUGUGGCGACUAUGGUUUUGUCAAAACGUUGGCUUCCUCUGUGGAAGUCAGUGCCACAUAUUGACUUCGACGACGAUAGCUAUGAAGACACUGAUACUGGAAGGUUUUCGCGCUUUGUUGACAGGUCUUUGAUUCUGCACAAGGCACCGAUUGAAACUUUGCAUUUCGAACUUAGUCAAACUUCUACUGUCGCUGAUAUUGGAAUAUGGAUUGAAAUGGCUGUUCAACGCCAUGUGCGAGACUUGAGUAUCAAUAUCGACUGUACUUCCAGUACAACUCCAGUUACAGUUCCAAGGAGUUUAUACACAGGCUGUGGAAUGCUUGUGAACUUGAAUUUAACGAGUGUGACUCUUACGGAUGCUUCUACCUUGCCUUCUUUCUCAAACCUCAAAUAUUUGUACCUUGUAUUUGUGAAGUACCCCGGUGAGGAGUUUGUCAGGAGGCUUUUAUUCAGUUGUGGUGUUCUUGAACAUUUGUAUGUGGAACAAUGCUUUGAUGACAAUGUUACCAUUUUCACAGUUAAGGUUCCUUCCCUCAAGAGUGCAAUUUUGCAUAAAUCACAAGACAGAUACAUUGAUGAUGAAGAUGGAUUUGUGAUAGACGCUCCUUCUUUGGAGCUGUUGGAUGUUUAUAAUAUUACAGGCGGGUUUUGUACCAUUGAGAGUGCUAUGCCUAAUAUUGUUAAAGCAAAUGUUAUCGUUAAUCAUGGUCCUUCGGAAAUUCUGAGUGCUAUUACUUCAGUGAAGCGCCUUUAUUUAUGUUUACCAUCAUACUCAAAGGAUGCAUAUCCUGUUGGUAGUGUCUUCCACCGUCUUGUGUGUUUAAAAAUAUGCACAUCUGAGAUAGAAUGGUUCAAUCUACUUAUGUGUGUACUCAAAGAUUCCCCUAGUUUAAAAGCCCUCAAACUAGAGCUUUUUUGCGUUCGUGAUGAAGAACAGCGCUCCUGUUGGAAUGAACCGAGUUCAGUUCCUGCAUGUCUGUUAUCGAGUCUUGAAACUUUUGAAUGGGUAAACUAUGAAGGAACCGAAGAAGAGAAAGAAGUAGUAGCAUUCAUAUUAAGAAGUGGAAGAUGUUUGAAGAAGGUGAAUAUCUCCUCGGAAACCACGACUCCGACUAGAAACCUGUCAGCUUGCACUCGUCUCAAGCCAUGA